AUGAGUUGUAGUAAUAAAGUGAUAGUCUUUAAUAUUAUGGUUAAUAAUGACAAACUCAGUAAUAGGCACAAAUAUAAUAGUGGAUAUAAAUAUGGUUUUGAGUAUGAAUAUGGUGUUGGGAACGAAUACAGUAUUGGGAACAAAUAUCGAUAUGAUAGUAGUCACGAAUAUGGUAUUAGUCAUGAAUAUAGCAUCAGGCACGAAUAUGAUAGUGAGCACAAAUAUAGUAGUGAGCAUGAAUAUAAUAUUGGAGGUGAAUAUGGUAGUGAGCACGAAUAUAGUAUUGGGCACGAAUAUGGUAAUGGGCACAAAUAUAGUAGUUUAAACGAACAUGAUAGUAUGGAUAAAUAUGAUAAUAUGAACGAACAUAAUAGUAUGAAUGAACAUGACAGUGGCAGUAGGGAUAAACACGGCAAUAUAGAUAAAUACCAUAAUUAUGAACCUGAAAAAAACAUUACUAAAGAUGCGAAUAAUGAUUAUGAAAUACAAAAGGUUUUUAAUAGUUGGGAUGUUGCUAUAGAAGAAAUUGAGAAAUAUGCAUGUCGUAAAGGAUUUGGGACUAGGCGUCUUUAUGUAGAAAAAUUAGAAAAUGGUGAUGUUCAGCGACACACAAUAGUGUGUGAACACUUUGGUUGUCCUGAACAAACGAAAAGUAAGAACCCACAAAAUAAAACUACAUCUAAAUGUAUAGGAUGUACCUGGCAAAUAAAUAUUUCUUGCCUAGAAAAAGAAAAUCCAUAUAGGCUUAUUUAUGUCACAAAAAUAGUUGACAAGCAUAAAAAUCAUGAGCUUAACCUACCAUACCGUACCUUUCAAGAGUCUUUUAAAUUUAGUGAAAAAAUGCUUAAGAACAUCGAAUUUUAUGUGAAAAAGAUGAAUUGCAGUCUCCAACAGAUCUGUAAGGCUUUAGAAGAAAGUUAUCCAGAGUAUACAAUUUACAUGCCUGUGCUAUGA